AUGGCUUCUGGGACAACCAAUGUGUCACAGCAACAAGUAGACAAGUUUCGUAAUGCUCAAAUUCCCGAACAGUUGGAGGAUGAGAUUCUAGAUGUUUAUGCUCGGUAUUCUUUGGAUCAAGACAUGACGUUAAGGGAUUUGGACGGUUAUUUUACAGAUUUAGAAAUGCCAGAGGAAUUGACCAAGUUGGUACGGAGGGAUGAAGUGGUUAUACCAGGAACCGAUGUGAUUGAUUUUUCAAAAAUUGUUAAGAUAACCUAUUGGUUGUUAAUAUUUAUGGAUAAUGCGGCCAUUGUAGACGAUUUUUGGCAAUUAUUGGUGACAUGCUCAGGUAGAGAUAAGCAAUUUCCCAAUGUUGAAUGGAAAGACCAUGUUUUGGGACCUAAUGAGCUUAAGAGAAUUGCUGAUUUUGCAGAUAUGGAUGAUUCAUCUGGCGUUCUCGACCAACUUAUGAAAUGUGCUACACAGGGAAAUAGAAGGUAUAUCACAUAUUUGGACUUUGCAAUCAUCUUGGGUAAAUUGGGAUAUCUGCGAUUCUAA